UAUGGAAGAUUCUUCUCACGGUGGGACUGGUCCUUUUCUAUUACUCCUUCUCCAUUGGGAUUACUUUCUACAACAAGUGGCUACUCAAGGCGGCCAAGGCGGUUCAGCGGGGUGAUAUAAUAUCCUAUACCACUCGCAAUAAAAAGCACCAGUCGGAGACUAGCCGUUCAGCUUGACUUGACAUGCUUCCACUGACUCUUUCCAAACCAGACGAGACUAGAUGUAUGAAGGCCUUCUUGAAAUUUUUAUGGAAGGAUUUGAUAGCUGACUUCAAGCUGGUUUGCAAAAAUGGAAAACGACGACAUCAUAGCAAACCUUAAACGAUUUUCCAAGUUGGACUUUCAGGCAAAACAGGAACUGAUAGCUAAUGGAAGGCCAAUGCCUGAGCUUAAGGGCCUACUUCAAACGGCAGGACGAAAGAAAAUUACAUGGACAUUCCAAGUGGAGUGGUACCAACGAAAAGACUGGUUGUGCGGCUGUGCUACGAGGAAUCGCCUUUACUGCUUUCCCUGCCUUCUCUUCACCACCGUCGACAAUGUUUGGACUAACACUGGCUUUUGUGACUUAAAAAAUCUGCCAAGGAGCCUCAGCAAGCAUGAAAAGUCAGUAAUUCAUAGCCAAAGCCAAAUUACUUUAAAAACUUUUGGAACCUUAAGGAUAGAUCUGGCUUUGAAUGAACAGCGGAUAUUAAAUAUCAGCAUGCAUAAUGCUAAGGUAAAGGAAAACCGGGAGAUUUUAAAAUCCCUUAUUAAUGCCACUUGUUUCCUAGCCAAACAGGAGUUAGCAUUUCGUGGAAACGAUGAGAGUGCAAGCUCUUUUAAUCGUGGCAACUAUGUGCAGCUAUUACAAGCUUUUGCUGAGGAAAACGAAGAGUUAGCUAGGCAUUUGGAGACAUCCACUGUGUUUUCUGGCUUAUCAAACAGAAUACAGAAUGAUUUAAUUGAAGCAAUUGGUGAUGUGAUCCGAAAUGAUAUAAAAGAGGAGAUUAAUGCCGCCCCAUUUGUUGCAGUUGAAGUAGAUGAGACAACAGAUGUCACAAGCAAAGCCCAGCUCUCUGUGAUUUUGCGUUAUGUUGCUAAAAGUGAGGUGAAGGAGGCGUUUUUGGGUUUCGAUGAUGUGAGUGAAGAUAGACGAGCACCGGCUAUUGCUGAAUAUCUUUUGGGAGUGUUGGAGCAAUACAACUGUCUUAAAAAGCUGGUAUCUCAGACUUAUGAUGGAGCCUCUGUGAUGGCAUCAGAUCUUAAUGGGCUGCAGGCCAGGAUUAAAGAGAAGAUACCUGAAGCUAUGUUUAUUCAUUGUUAUGCGCACAAAUUAAAUCUGGUGUACUUGCAUUCAGCAAAAUGUAUGCCUCAGUGUAAAACUUUUUUUAAAACACUUGAGGGACUUUCUGGAUUUUUCAAUAAGUCGGCCAAGCGCACUCACCUACUUGAUGAUAUUGUGAAGCGACGUUUACCAAGAGCAGCGCCCACAAGAUGGAGCUCAAAUUCGAGACUAGUGCAGACGAUCAGCACGUACCAAUCUGAUAUACGUGCUAUGUUUCAGAUUAUGAAAGAAAAUCCUCGAGACUGGGACAAUGACACCCUGUACAUAGCCAAAGGAUAUGAUCUCUGGCUGUCAAAAGCAUCCACAUGCUUCUUCAUAAUGGCAUAUGAGGGCAUUUUCAAUGAAACCGAUGCACUCUUUCGUGUGCUGCAGAAUAAAAUAAUGGACAUUGGAUUCUGUUGUGCACAAAUCCGUGACACGAUGGGAGCAGUAGAUCGCCAGAGACAAGAGUUUGACAAUUUUUAUAAUCGAUUUGAGCAGAAAUGUGUCACCCUUGGUCUGACUGACAAUGCCCAAAGCAACCAGGUGAUAAGAGAUGAGAGGAAAAUAAUGUUUUAUAACAUUCUGGACAAUGUCUGUGUUCAAAUGAAAGCUAGGUUUGACCAUUUUUCUGAGCUAAGUUUCCUAGGUUUGGUUGAUUGCACAAAAUUUUAUGAUAUGUCCCAACAGUUUGACGACACCAAACUGCAGAGUCUAUCAAAAUAUGCUAAAUACUUUGACUUUGUUAGACUAAAGACUGAUCUUAAUGGCUUGUACAGCUCUGAAAUGGUGAGGAACGAAUGCAAAUCACCCACACAGCUCCUCAGCUUUGUGACCGAGAAUAAUCUUGUGCAAACAGUUCCCGAAGCGACAAAGUUACUCCAACUGGUGCUCACUAUACCAACAACGUCCAUUGAAAGGUCAUUCUCUGCUUUGAAACGACUCAAAACAUACAGUAGGAAUAAGACUGAUCAAGGGCGACUUUCAUCCCUGGCAAUCAUCUCCAUUGAGACAGGGAGACUUUUAAAACUAAAAGAAAAUAGAGAGGACUUCUACAACAAAGUCACUGAUAGCUUUAUCCAGAAGGAUGGGCGAAUGGACUUUAUUUACAAGUAAAGGUCAGGCCAUACAAUGUAUGUUUUCAUUUGAAUGACUAUGAAUAGUGGAACUGCAUUCAUAAAGCGGUGUGCUCGUUUAUAUGUGUUACUGUUUUUUCUCAACUGGAAUAAAUUAGAUUCUUUACAGAACUAUAACCACCUAUUGCAAAAAUCAAUAAAUCUUGAGUUGUUCAAAUACAGGUGAAUGAAUUUCUAGUUAUUGUGCUGUUGGCUUUGAGUAUUCCUGUGUUGUAAAUCCUAUUGAGAUACAGGAAAAUGUAUGUACUUAGGCAACCUGCCAAUUGAAUGGUGGAGUUAAGGUACCUCUUUUGGGUCCAUAGUAUGUGUGUGUAAAUCUGGCUCUGGUGCCAGCCAGUGCCUCACCAGCAACUGACCUCACGGCAUGCCACUGAACGGUUGGUAUAUCACUUUAUCUGACAGGCAAAUGGAGGCGAGUCCCUGAGAAGGGACAGUGGAUAAGCACUCUCUAGGCCUAUACCUAACGAAGAGUGAGCAUACUGAGUCACUGAAAGGGAUUAGGAGAGACAAGGAGCACUGGAAGCAAUGAUAGUGAUGGGGGAUAAACAUAAGGACGGAGGGCCCUGCUUUCUGCGAGAGCUUAUUAUUAGAGAUUGGUGAACAGUUGAAUGGUGUUCUGGGGAGAAGAGAAUGGUGGUCAUUCCGAGUUGCUCGCUAGCAGUUUUUUGCAGCCAUGCAAACGCUAUGCCGCCUCCCACUGGGAGUGUAUUUUAGCUUUAGAAGUGCGAACAAAAAGGUUCUUAGAGUGGCGGCAAACUUUUUUUUGUUGUUGCAGUUUUAGAUUAGCUCAAUACCUACUCAGCGCUUGCGAUCACUUCAGACUGUUCCGUUCCUGUUUUGAUGACACGAACACGCCCUGCGUUCGGCCAGCCACGCCUGCGUUUUUCCGAACACUCCCUGAAAACGGUCAGUUAACACUCAGAAACGCCCUCUUCCUGUCAAUCACUCUGCGGUCAGCAGUGCGACUGAAAAGCUUCACUAGACCUUGUGUGAAACUACAUAGUUCGUUGUAAUAGUACGUCGGGCGUGUACAUUGCGCCGCAUACGCAGAAGUGCCAUAUUUUUUUUACCUCAUCGCUGCAGAGAGAACGAAAGCAGCUAGCGAUCAACUCAGAAUGAACCCCCCCCUACCCCAAUGUCAGGUGAGAAGAAUGGAGAUUUAGUAGGCGGGAUUAUAGGUUUUGAUGAAAAUGUGAGUUUUGAGAGCAUGUUUGUAGCUGGUGAGACUGGCCGAAGCAUGACUUCAUGUUCUGUCCUGCAUUAGCCUACUACAGGACGCUAGCGAUAUCGUCAGGUUUGAUGUACAGCACAUCAAACCUGACGAUAACUAGCGACUGGGGGCACCCGCCUUUCUGGCAUACACAUCAAUGACGUGCAGUGGGGUGAGGCAGAGCUUUUGCUGUCAUACUAACGUUUGUGCCAGAGUUUUGACUGUAUAAAAUAUAAGAAAAAUACAGAAUUUUGUUUGAAACAACUUUCUCUGACG